ACGACGAUCAGCCUCAGCCCGAAAUGAAAUUCACUACCGCCACGCUCUCUGCCGCGAUGCUCGGAUUCGCGUCCUUCGUGCAGGGCAUAACCAUUCAGUCUCCCACCGCAGGCACUGUCCUGACGGCCGGGUCAACCGUUUCUGUCCGCAUCUUUGCACCUCUCGUGCAGCCCGGCUCCGUCGAGGCUUCCGUGGUCAUCAGCCUGCUCUCUGGCGCUGUCAAACCGACGACCAGCGACGUUGGAACUGUCUUGUACGACGGCAAAUUCAACCCCACUUUCCACAUCCAGGGAUCGGGUCCCGCGGGUAGUCAGCUCUAUGACACCAUCUCUGUCAAGAUCCCGGCAAACGUCACAGGCACCGCGCAAUUGAACGUCGUUCAGCCCACAGUCAACGAACACGCGGUGGUCUUUACGACCGAUUCGGUUCAAGUUACCGUUUCAUGAGUAGUUCGUCCAGCUAGAUCGAAAACGAGUUUUGCUUUGGUUUCAUGAUGGUCGAGUACCAGUUUGAGGCAGGGAUCACCGCAGUUCGCGAUCAGCAAUAGUCAGGUGAUCGUUAUGAUCACGUGUGGACGACGUCUGUCUCGUUCCUUGAUCCUUUGAGCCUUUUCAAAUCAUUUGUUUUGCUUUCGAACUAGAAAAAUGUUUGAUCUAGAAUGAAGCCUCUCUUUGGCAUGAA